AUGUCUCUUUCAUUAGAUUGUCUUGAGUUAGCAGUUAAUCAUUAUAAUUUAGCUAAAACAUAUGAAUAUCAUAAUCGAUAUAAAGAAGCUAUUGAUCAUAUUUAUACAGUUAUUUGUAUUUCAUUAGUUCAUCAAAAUCAUAGAGAAUCAUGGUUUUAUGGUUUUAUACGACUAUUUAUUACUUCAACAAGUAUUCGUGCAAAUAGUACGGCACAAACAACAUAUCUUGCUAAAACUAUUGUUCUUGUCAAUGAUUUUCAAGCAAAUUUAGCAUAUAAUUGUGUUUUAGAAAUAGAAUCAACAAAUCUUGUUUCUUAUCUAAAAAAUUCUACUAAUUAA